AAAGGAAGCUAUCACAAAAAGCCCUUGAGAUUUGAUUCCAUCGUAGAGCUUAAUUUGCUAAAGAUCAUGGAUUCAGUUGAAGCCAGAAAACCCCAUGCAGUGUGUCUUCCAUUCCUAGCACAAGCGCAUGUCACCCCCACGAUGAGAUUAGCCAAGCUAGCUCCUGCACUCAAGGGGCUUCCACAUAACCUUUGUCAACACCAAGUUCAACCACAUGCCACUAAUCGGGUCCAAAGGACCCGACUACAUAAAGGGGCUGCCGGAUUUCCGGUUUGAAACUAUACCAGAUGGGUUGCCGCCAUCCGACCGUGAUGCUACCCAAGAUGUUCCUACCCUAUUUGAUUCCACAAGAAAGAAUUGCUUUGCCCCAUUUAAAGAGCUUGUGAUUAAGCUUAACUCAUCGUCUGAUCAAAUGCCUACAGUCACUUGUAUUGUUUCGGAUGGGGUUAUGGGUUGUGGUCGUGAAGCUGGAAAAGAGUUAGGCAUCCCUGAGGUUCAACUUUGGACUUCUUCAGCUUGUGGCUUCAUGGGAUGUCUGAGCUUUGAUGAACUCAUCGAAAGAGGCACUAUUCCGUUCAAAGUUAUGUAGUUGGGCUACCUAUUUUUGUUUACUAAAGCUUGCGUGGUAUUUUGUAGCAAUAUGGUUGUAAUGGGUCGCACAA